AUGGUCUACGACUGGGAAGGCAAGCGCGAGCUAUGUUACCAAAUGUACAUUGUUGAUAGGAAGGGCCUGGAGGAGAUUAUGGAGUUUAUGAAGAAUACGUAUGAAUUCGCGCCGAGUAAGCGUGCCUUCCAGACGCAGUUCAAGCGAUGGGGGUUCCCCUCGAAGCAAAACCCCGCGCAUAAGAACGCCCAACUGGUCUCUCGCAUCAAGGAACUCUGGGAGCGGAAUGUUUGCCAACGGGACAUGCUGAAUAUCCUGAAAAAUGAGGGGUUUGACAUCAAGGAGAGGGAGCUGAUGCGUGUCCGCGCCAAAAACCGAUGGCUUCUCCGUGUUCCGAAUGGCAUGAAGUCACAGUCGACGACGACCCAGCCCCCAGUCGAGACAUCCGUAGAAGAAGGCGUACUCUCGCUGCAGCAGGAAAUGUACAACAGUCAUGAGCUGUCCAACGACAAUCAAUCGCUGACUGACCAACCGUCGACGUUAUCGCCCUUUUCGCCAAGCCUGUCCCCUGAAGUUCUCGCCAAAAGGAAGGAACGCCUCGAACGGUUACAGGCGGAGAGUGCUGAACGCUGGGCUACUCGAAAGCGACGCCGCCGCACGCGCGGUUGGGCUGGCUUGCCAGCUGAUCCUCCCGGCCCGCCACGUUUUCCCUCAGAAACGACCAUUGACGAAAGCAAGCAAUAUCUGAGCCUGGACGCGGCGAUGUAUCGCCAAAUACGUGACGAGUUUCAGAAAAUCUGCCAGGAGGCAGGGUUCCUCAAGAAGACGGUGGCUGGGCCCGAGCGAUGGCAGGAAGCCAAGAAUAGGCUAAUCCGCGAAUCGCCGCAUUUAAGAAGUGUUUUCUACGUAGAUCCCAGCAUGCCGGACUCGAAUCAGCUAGAGGCAAAAAGCCUUGCAUUGGAUGUUGUUUGUACAGAUGUCACAAAACGCAUGAGGACUCUAGAGAGUCGUAUGACCAUUGCAGAGGCCAAAAACGCGCUAGGCAUAAAUCCCGAAGAGAGUCGGCAGAUUCGGCAUGCAUUUUAUAGCACAUUAAAGGCCGAUCAUUUUACUAGCAAGCUGGAAGCAGGAGACGAGCACUGGAAUGAACUCAAAGAGGGAUGGAUUCAAGAAUCAGAACUAUUGCAACAAAUCCUGGCCCCCGGCCUAUCAGAUCCUAAUCAUAACAUCAAAGUCAAAGCCAUUGAAGUCCUCUGUCGCGAUGUCAUGAAACGCCUUCGAGAUGAUCAAGCAAAGCGUGAUCCACUACGGAAGCGUUCGGUUUCAAAGCAGAAUCAGAUACGCUCCAACAGUACGUCCAAUGCAUAUAAUCAUGGAAUAAGCAAUUUAGCCUCCGAAGCGCUUGCCAGUGCAUCGAUAACAUCAAAUGACCUUGGUGAGAUGCAAAUAGACCCUUCACUACUCCAAGCGGCCAACGACACGUCACUUGCGCGAGCUCUCCAGCAGAAUGGUGACCCGACCUUCAACUAUGUCGACACUCUGCUCCAAAGCCCUGCGAUACCCGUUUACUUCCGUGUCAGCCCGCAAAGCCAGGCUCACACUGCAUCAAGGACCUGGAUCGGAAAGUUGGUUUCACCGUCGUUGGUGGAGCUUCAAAGCCUUGUCCAAACGAAAUAUCCCGAUUCUAUUGUGACAAGGAUCGAGGGAAUUGAGAAGGAUGAAAGAGGAGGCGAAGUAUCUUUUUUGAUCGAGGAGGAUCACGAAUUGGAUGCUUAUCUAAACCACAUGCACGCAAAAAAAGCAUCUUUCAUGAUUUGUCUGAGUCCAAAAGUGCAGUAG